AUGACACUGUACGGCUUUUUAGCCCUUGUGGCAUUCUCCUCUAUUUGUAAAGCGGAGCUUAUAGAGAAUCCUCAGAAGGAGUUUAUGGACAGAUUUGACAUAGCCAGGAAUCACAUAAACAUAAGGUGGUCUACGAAUGGUGCGUUUGGAAAAGGGGACUAUAAAUAUGAUAUAGAGAAUGCAGAAUCUAAGCUUAGCACAAAGAAUAUGACAGGAAUCUGCCCACACCAUCAAGCACAAGGAAUGUACAGGGGUAGCUGUCCCGAUUAUGGGAAAACAUUCCUAAUGGAUUUAAACGGAGAUGAAUAUAAUGAAGAUUUUUUAAACGAAAUUAGUUUCGGUUUGUUGAACAGGAAAUUGAAUCUUUCAAUAGAAAUUCCAGUGGAGAGAAGUGGGAUGGCAAUGUACCAAGGUCUCUUUAAGCGUUGUCCUUUGGACGAAAAUCAAACUUUUCUGAUAAAAAAGGAACAAGAAUAUGAUAUGUGUUUUAGAAGAAUUUACAGUCAUAUGGAAUACGCCAUAGAAAGUAAAAAACGUACCUUAAGGAAUAAAUAUUUACACUUUGGAUGGCACGGAUUAGGAGGUCGAUUCGGUUCCAAUAUGAAUUACCCUCUACAUGAUUAUAAUCCGUUGGAAAGUCAUGUGACUAAAGAAAUGAGCUUCUCAGGUUUAAUAAAAGAUUUGUCGGACUGUUCUAUUUAUUCCCAUUGUAUGGGUCCAUGUUUUGACAAAGAUUUUGAUAACGAAUGUUUUCGCAGUUUACCUGUCGUCUUUAACCACAGGACAAUGGAGUGUGUUAUCCUAGGAACACAUGAAGGAAGUAGAACAACAAAUUGCCUGUCUCAGGAUUCGGAUAGUUUUGAGAGAUGUUUUGUGCCCAUAAAAAUGGAAAGGGGGAAAGAAUGGACCUACGCAUCGUCAUUUCUGCGUCCGGAUUAUGAGACAAAAUGCCCUCCAAGAUUUCCAUUAAAUGAUACAGUAUUUGGCUACUACAAUCAUAGCACUGGUGAAUGCAAAUCUGCUGUAAAAAAUGAUCGUGAGAGUUAUAAAACAACUUUCAAAAGUUGUAUUGAAGGACUAUUCAAUCAUCCUGAGAGGAACAGCGAAAUUCGCGGAGAUAACUUCUUAUGGGGGGUUUGGGUUUUGGAAGGUAGUUCCAAAAAAUUAAAUUCCAUGAAUGACAUUGGAAUGUGUUCCAUUUUGAAGAAGAAACCAAAUUGUGUCUUGAAAAAGGAAAACCACUAUUCCUUUACCAACCUGACGGCGAAUUCUUUUGAUUUGAAGCAAAAUGUAACGUAUCCGCAGGUCGAAGAGAUGCAUGAACAGGACGAUGAAGCAGGUAGAAUUGGAAAAAGCAUAUCGGAAGGAAGCGAAGAAAAAACGGAUUUAAGCGAAAUGGAUAAGAGUAGGAAGAAGGCGCGGAACGAAGAUGAAGGAGCCGAACAGUCAGGAGGAUAUCAAAUUUUGGAAAAGAAGAGGAAAACAAAAAUAAAUGAACACACAGGAUUAAGCAUGAAGAAUCUUAACUAUAUGUUUUCCAUGCAAAAGAGUCACGAGUCAGAACAUCCAAAUAAGGACCAUUCUAUUUUUAGAAGCAAGGGUGAACCUAUAAGUCAAAUGCUUGAACUGAAUCAGUCUUCCAGAAGUUAUUUGCACAAUCCCGGUGUCCGUGGCAGGGGAAGACACCAAUUUUCGCAUAUAACUUCCCCGACAAUAAAUAACGGGUCAGGUUCUGAGAAUGAAGCAAAUAUCAAUUCCGAAUUUUCGAGAAAUCCUCAAGCUAGAUUUAUGGAAAGAUUCGAUAUUCCAAGAAAUCACAUUUUUAUCGAUUGGAAAAAGGAAGGAAAUUUCGGAGAAGGUAAUUUCAAGUAUGAUGUUUUAUUGAAUAAAACUGCUGGUAUCGCUCAGUCAUUAUUAAUUGAUGAUUAUAAUGACGUUUGUCCAAAUCAUUCAAUUCCAGGAAGGGCACAAGGAAGUUGCCCUAACUAUGGCAAGGCUAUCAUUGUCGAAACACUUGAAAAUAAAGAUAUCCAUUUUAACUUCCAAUUUUUAAAUGAAAUACAUACUGGGUAUAUGGGCAGAAAUGGCAGAAAUAGUGUCGAACUUCCAUACAAUAAAAGUGGAAUAGCUAUGCAUCAUGGUUUUCCAACAUCGUGUCCAAUAAAUAGGCGGGAAGAAAAGUUCUUUGAAAAAAUGGAUGAUUACAAUUAUGAUAUGUGCAAGUCUACCGUGUUUUCCUCUCCGUUCUCCAUGAAGGAAUGGGAUCGCAGAAGCCAUUCGUUUAAGUAUUAUGGCCUUUAUGGAUUGGGUGGUCGACUAGGUUCGAGUGUUUUAAAUUAUGGAAAAGGGGCACAAAGAGGUGAAACGCGUAGGAAUAACAUAACGCUACCAAUGAAAAACCCAGGAUUAAUAAAGAACUUGUUCGAUUGCUCUAUAUAUUCCUAUUGUUUAGGACCUUGUAUGGAAAGCAUGUACACAAAUACAUGCUUCCGAAAUUUACCAGCUUAUUAUAAUCACACAACGGGUGAAUGUGUCAUACUUGGUACGCAUGAACAGGAAAGGACCAGUAAUUGCAGAAAGGAGAAAAGUGACUUAAGUAGACCCAACUGCCAGAAGAUUAGAAAAACCUCAGAUUCGAAGGAUUGGACAUAUGUUACAUCAUUCAUUAGGCCUGAUUAUGAAGAGAAAUGCCCACCUAGAUUUCCUCUCAAUUCCAAAAGUUUUGGGAUCUACGAUGAAAGGACAGGAAAAUGCAGAAGUCUCGUCAGAAAGGAGAAUUUCAUUAGUAUUCUAAAUUUCGAGGCCUGUUUAGAAUAUUUGUUUAUUACCUCUCCAAAGGAUUUAUAUAAAAGUGAGAUGAGUAAAUACUGGGGGGUUUGGAUUGCAAAAGAGCCAGUUAAUAGAGAUAAUAUGUUUACGGUGACUGGAGAAUGCUACUAUAUACUUCGAAAACCAACUUGCCUCAUCAACAAAGAGAACCAUUUUUCAUUCACAUCUCUCACAACAAAUGACAUUGAUUUUUAUCAAAACCUUAACAUAGAACCUUUGGAAGAAUUGAUUGGGCAGAAAGAUAUAAUCGGUUUAGCUAAAGAGGGUAAGAAUAGUAAGAGGACUAAGGCUGGGAAGCAUCUAGCAGAACACAAGGCGCUGAAUCCAUCAGAUUUUGACUUAAGUGCUGAGCCUGACAGUCGUGCAACAGACAGGAGGCAAAAUGAAGAAGAAAUAAGAAUAGAGGAAGCAAGAAGGAUGGAAGAAGCAAGGAGGAUGGAAGAAGCAAGAACCGUAGAGGAAGCAAAAAAGACUGAAGAUGCUAGGAGGGCAGAGGCCACUAGGAGAGCUGAAGAAGCUAGGAAGGUAGAGGCCGCUAGAAGGGAUGAGGAAGAAAGGAAGGCUGAGGAGGCUAGGAAUGCUGAAGCGGCUAGGAAGGCAGAGGCGGCUAGGAAGGCUGAAGCGGCUAGGAAGGCUGAGGAGGCAAGGAAGGCUGAGGUGGCUAGAAAGGCUGAGGUGGCUAGAAAGGCUGAAGCGGCUAGGAAGGCAGAGGCGGCUAGGAAGGCUGAAGCGGCUAGGAAGGCUGAGGAGGCAAGGAAGGCUGAGGAGGCAAGGAAGGCUGAGGAGAAUAGAAAGGCUGAGGAGGCAAGGAAGGCUGAGGUGGCUAGAAAGGCUGAGGAGGCUAGAAGGGCUGAGGAGGCUAGAAAGGCUGAGGAGGCUAGAAAGGCUGAGGAGGCUAGAAAGGCUGAGGAAGCAAGGAAGGUUGAGGAGGCAAGGAAGGUUGAGGAAGCAAGGAAGGUUGAGGAGGCAAGGAAGGCUGAGGAGGCUAGAAAGGCUGAGGAGGCUAGGAAGGCAGAGGAGGCAAGGAAGGCUGAGGAGGCAAGGAAGGCUGAGGAGGCAAGGAAGGCUGAGGAGGCUAGAAAGGCUGAGGAGGCUAGAAAGGCUGAGGAGAAUAGGAAGUCUGAGGAGGCUAGAAAGGCUGAGGAGAAUAGAAAGGCUGAGGAGAAUAGGAAGUCUGAGGAGGCAAGAGUGGAGGAGGAAGCAAAGGAAAAGGUCGCGCAUGAAAAUAAUGAAGUCGUUGACGAAAAGGAUGAUAGCAAGACAAAGGAUUUAUUUUCGGAUAAUGCUAUAAGUAUUGAGCAAGAAAAAAGAGGUGACUUAAUAUUAAAUAGCAGUAAAAAGUCUAAGGGUUCCGCAAUGAACAAAGUUGCUGAUUCAUCCAAUAAGAACAGGGAAGAGUCGAAGGAGUUUCAAAGGCAUAAGUUCAAUGACAAUAAUAUUUCUGGUGAAAAUGGAAAUUCUGAAAGCAAUUCGAAUCCAGAAGCAUAUGAUAAAGAAAAUUUCGAAGAGGAUGUCGAAGAAGCGAAAAGGAGAAAGGAGGUUGACGAUAAGGAUAUCGGAUCGGAGAUUCCAAACAGUAAUUAUGCACCAAGAAAUUAUGGAUCCAGAGAUGAUAAAUUAGAUAAGGAUCUAUAUAUUAAUAGAGAAGCUAAAAAAAUGCGGGAGGAGAUAAUAAAUUUAUCAAAAAAAAACCCAUGUACUGUUGAUGUUUCCUCAGAGUUUUGCGAUUAUAUGAGGGAAAGCAUAUCUUUUGGUAAUUGCUCUGAAGAAGAGAGAAAACGAAUGUGUUGUUCAAUUUCAAAUUAUUGUUUAAAGUAUUUUAGUUAUAGUUCAAGUGAGUAUUAUAACUGUACGAAUGAAGAAUUUGGCCACAAGGAUUACAAAUGUUUUCAGAGGAGUAGAGUUUCAAGUAUGUUCCGUUGA